AAUAUAUUAUUUCCAAGGACUACUAUAACGUCAAGACAAUUGGUAUUUGAGUACUUUAUACCAAAAAAAAUAUUUUUAAUGUUCAAGUGAAAUUCAUUUUACAUAUGAAAUGUUUUAAGAACUUUAAGGUUGGCUAAAUGGCUAUGCUUUAUUUCAGAAUCAAGCUUAUUUUGGUUUACUAUCAUAUUUUGCUGUAUUGUUGUAAGUGACACUUUUUUUCUAGUUAGCCUAAUAUAUAAUUGUGAAAGUAGACUCUGCAACAUUUUAAAUGUUUGUUAUGGAAAUAGUCAAUUAGUCACAGAUUAUUUUUUUAUAUGAUAAUUUAAAAAGGAUGGACGUUGAUGAAAGCUAAGAAAAAAAUAUGCUACUAAAAACACCAAUUCCUGAUAGAUGAAGUGGCAGGCAAUAGCUAGUAUAUUAUGAUUAUGUAUUUACUAUUGACAUACUGCUACUGCAUAAAUAUCUAUUUUUUCAUAGUAAAAAAAAAUAGAAAAUUCUAACAAUAAGAUUGUUUGUGAACUAUUAGCGGUAAACAAUAGCAUUUAUUUAUCUAUAAGUAUAACAUGCUAGGUCCAUACAUUCCCAUUUUUUUCGAUUACCUUCAACUUUGCACUUCCACUGAAACAACUCCCAAGUUAUUUACUCAUGUAUCUAACAUAAACAAUUAAAAUAAUCAUAAACAUGUAAAUAAAGAAAAAUAUUUGAAAUAAAAAACAAGAAAAAAAUUAUAAUUUUACAUUUAAAGGAGGUAUUUUAAAAACCGUUAAGCUUUCAAAAAUCAUUAGGAAAAUGAUGAAUAUGCUUAGUCUAUUGUUUUGAAUUAUUGUUUCUUAUUUAAUUGAAAGUAGUUAGCUUACCUUUAUCACCUGAUUUAUUGGAACCAGAUGCAUUGCUAGAUAAGCUAGAGUCAUCUGAAUCAUAGCCAAAUGCAGUAUUGUCUUUAUGGCGGUCACGGCGCUGAUGCCAGCGGCGCGGUGUACCGUGGCCAUUAGCAGGCGAGGCCCCUGGUACCUGCACCACCUCUAGAGGGUAGUGCCGUGCCUGCCGUUCUACUCCUACCAUAUACAUAGGCCCUGGCCCACCAAACCCUCCGUUCCCAUGGUAUAUCAUCGGUGCUCCCUCGUUCAUCGCCAUAAAUAUCUGCAGCCGAGAAGGUUAUCCGUCAGACCAAUUCGCCGGUUCAAUCACAUUUUUUUUCCAAUACCGACCUGAUUUGUGUUUGAAAAAUUGAUGGAAAUCGGACGCUUAUGAGCGUCUACUGCGUCAUAUUAAGAGUACAGUGCAAUGUUGAAUAAAAUAAUAAUUUUAUUUAUCUUGAAAUCCCCGAAAUUCGACACGAUUCUUCAGAGUUGAAAGUCUUCACAGUCGGCGAUGGUACUGGUCGCUGACAACGCACUUAUCUUUAGAGCUUCCACCGUACAAAUACAAAUAACUAACUUUUAUUACUUCGACGAGGUAACAAUAAGUCUACCCACGAAAUAUAGCGAACCAGUAAAUUCUAAUGAAAAAAAUUCGCCAUGACUUUUGGAAGCUACACUAUCGACAUCUGACGGAAAAAGGCAAACUGUCACACGUGAUUUUUUUAUCUAUGUAUUUGAAUUCUGUGUUCCAUUGCAGGCCAGUGUGUCGAAUCUUUAUUUUUUUUAUGAAGAAUAGUAUUAUAAAAAAGAUAUAUUUGUUAUAAAAACAAUUUUCGCUAUCAAAGCCAACGUCUUUUUUACUUUUAAUCAAGGAUGAGUGUACUUCUAUUUAACGUUAUGAUUACCAUGACACCAUGAUGACGAUAUUAUUUUGGAAUAUUUACUUACGGCAACAAUUCCAUGAAUUAUUGACAUUGACAGCUGUUUAUGACUGUCAAUUUGUCACACACGUAGAAAAUAGGAUUUUGCAAAAUAAAAAAAAUAGUUCACAAAAGAUUUCUUAUAAAUUCCUAAUAGUCUUUGAGCUUUUUUAUACUAAAAUUAAAAUAUAGAAAGUUUGUAAAUAGAGUGAUGACGGUGAAGAAAAACGAUGUAACCAUAAAAGUGCAGAAGUCAAUAGAAACAAAGUUUAUCGUAUCAUUGUUUGAUUACUUCUUUAUCUAGAAGAAAAAUAAAUUCAUAGGGAUGUCACAUUUUGGAGAUUUCAUGGACGGCGUCCCUGUUAAAAUAUCAGAAAAGUACAAAAGGCCGCCAGUAAUUGAACUGCCUUAUAGUGUUAACGAAUGUAUUUUGCGAGCUCAAAAUGUUGUAGAAAACGUCAAAUACUGCUCUACGUUUGAAAAAAAUGUACUUACGAAACUCAAAGAGCUUAAAAGUGCUAAAGAAACGAAGAAAAACGAAAGACGACACCGCUUGCAAUUAUUAGAAGAAGCCAAACAAAAGAAAUUAGAUGCUAUUGCUGCGGCCGAAGCUGAGGAGAAAUUGAAGCAGUUGAGUGUUUCUGAAGUGUCUUAUCCUAGUACAGAUGAGCUCAGUGCACUCUCACCAGAUGAAAAACAUGAACAAUGCGAUGUGCUCUUAAAACAAGAUUGUUCAGAAGCUAGUGACAUUGUGCAUAAUGAAAGUUCGUAUCUUUCAUAUAACACACAGGAGGCCCAGCCAGAUAUCCUUCAACCAAUUCAAGUUCAAGCUAACAACCCCUAUAGUAAUCUACUGGAUGAUCCAGACCCACUGCAGGAGUUGAAAUUGACUAAUAAAAUUGCUAAAAUUCCACAGUAUAGUAAAGUACCACAAUAUAGUAAUAUAGACACACUAACUUAUAAAGAUUUUGAAAAUGAUACAUCCAGCCCAUUUGAUAAUGUGGAACUGAAGACAAUAAAUGAUAUGGAAUUACUAGCUCAAGUUCUUCAGAGUCAGAGAGAUUCUUCUACAAGUUAUCAUACACAAAAUUAUGUACCAGAGCAGACAUACAUACCUAAUUGCUCUUCACAAGGUCAAGUUGAUGGGAUGACAUAUUUACCUAAUACAUAUGUAGAACAAUCAAUACAAGACCCUGGUGUUAUGUAUUUACCCCAACAUUACCCUGUCUCAAAUGGAUAUUAUGUGUCACCUGAAAAUAACUGUGACAAUACUAUGCCAACGGAGAAUAUGAAUAUGUAUUUAUCAAACUAUCAAUACUACAUUCCUACCAAUCCUUAUCCUAUUGUUGACCCAUUGUAUUAUAAUAAUCAACUACCAACAACUUCUACAGGCCCAAUACAAAAUGGUUCAACAUAUAUACCUCAGCCGUAUUAUUUCCAUGUUCCUCAAGUCCCAUAUGCUGCAGAUAACACAACAUAUAAUACAAUACAGAAUCAAAAUAUUCAAAAUAUUGAAAAUCAGAAUAUACCUUCUAACACUCGGAAUACAACAAAAUCAAGAUCCCGGAGUGUCCCUGAUAUUGUAAGAGAAUUGAAUGAAGAGUUAGCUUCUGCUAAGUUAAGGAUGAAUGAAAGGUCUUAUAAUGCUAGCCCAGCUCCUAAAAAUGUUCCUCGGUCAUGUUCUAGUAGUGAAAAGAAAGAAGAUAAGAAACACAGAAGGAAAUUAGAAAACCUACCUAACCCAUAUGAGAAAAUGCCCUCGCAACUACAGAAUAUGUGCCAGAAAAUUCAUGGUAUGGGCUUUCCACUAGAUAGAGUUGCCAGGGUUUGUGGUCUAUUAGGUGAUAAUGAUAAAAAGGUUAUUGAAGGACUUUUGAUAUUAGGGGAAUUAAUGGAUCUCGGCUUCACAGAAGAAAGAGUUUUGACUGCUCUUACAAAGCAUGAGUUUAAUAGAGACAAGGCUUUAGAUGAACUGGUUUCAUAAUCCAAAACACUGUAAAGAACUAUAGUAAUAUUAUAAUAGGUAAGAUCAUUAAAAUACAAUUUAUCUACUCAUAUCAAUCAAUAAAAUGUAAUUUGAAACAGUAGUAAAAUAAUAUUUUGUUGAAAGGUCAUUCCGAUCUGAGCUGGAAAUAAAAUUUGGAGGAUUAAGUUAAAAAAUAAUAUACUCAUGUUCACAACAAUAAAUCAUUAUGUUUAAUAUUGGUUCCCAUUUUUUAUAUUGAGCUAUCUAUAUCUUCACGCCAGAUCUCUUGUUGGGUAUUUUUGUAUAUUCAGUUAGAGCAUAAAGUCUUUCACUAAUAGUUAACAUUGAGAUGUAAAUUAUUUAGUAUUAAUAAUUGUGUUGUGAUAAGAAUCUGAUUCACAUUAACCUAUAAUUUAUUUAAAUACUAAAUCUUCAGAUUUACACUACUAAUAUAUUCAAUUAUUUAAAUUAUAUUUGUAAAUUAUUUGAUAACAGAAAAACAAUUUUGUAAGUAUUUGAUUUAAUAUUCAUUAAUAUGGGGUUUUUACGGACUAAAGUAUUCAGUUUUUUAAUGAAAUUCAAGCACAGAUGCAGGGAUUGCUAAAUCAGCGUCAACAACUAUCCAAAGUGGAUCAGAUUCAUGGUUAAAUUAAAAUUAUCAAAUAUGAAAUAAAAAGUAUUCAUUACUAUAUUGUUUCAUGGCAUUGCUGGUAAUGGUAAAUAUAUUUUGUAUGGUUUCAUUGUAUCAAUAUACUAAAUGUCAAUGUCACUGGGCAUGAUUGUGUUGCAUUUAUUAUCAUAAUAACAUACAUAAAUGAAAGAUGCAAAAACAAAAAUAUGAAUUUUAAUGAGUCAGAAAAAAAUAAGAAUUCCUCUGUUACUUGUAUUUAAAAUUAAAGUAGUGACCGAUACAAUUAGGCCCAUGUUGACUGGUGAAAGUAAAAAUAAAUAAGUAGAUUAUGUGCAAAUUGCUUCUAGUGUAUAUUGUAUUGAUGAGCUGGCCUUGCCGAUUGAGCUAUUUGUAAAGUUGUUACAUUAAUUUAUGGAUGUAAAUAUCUAGAAAAAACUUAAUAGAGAAAGUGAUGAAAGUUAGCAAUUAUAAAUAUAAGAUAUUAUUUUAAUUUGAUUUUUUCACAAUGUGGUUAUUUGGUUUGAGGCUCAAUAGGAAAUUUAAGUAGGAUUUUUACAGUGUGUUACCAUUAUAAUACAAUAGAUUGAUAAUGCUACUUUCUUUUCUAUAAUGCCCAGUAUAGAACCUAGAUUUAAAACAUUUUAUUAUGAAACGAGGAACUUUAGUGUCAGGUUUAAACAUUAUAAAUAAGUUAACACAAUUCUAUAUGACGUUUUCUCUUGUAUUAUUGUCAAUUUAUUGUACUAACUUAAGACUUCGUUUUGUAAUAAGGUGAAAAGGGGUUUUAGAUCUCUUCUUCCAAAUUCGAUGUAUUAAAAUCCAAAGUGUAC